CAAAUCCAGUAUGCCUCAGCCCGCCUGCUUUGGAAAACAGGGGGAAUAUGGCGACAGGACCUUAAACAGAGUCCUACGGGCUAAAGAUCAAUAAUGCUCAUGUGAUUUUUUAACACGGGUAAUAAUAGCAACCGGCUUUUAAUCCAGACGGACCAAGCAAAGAUGGAAAUCUUUAGAAAUUCAAAGCGUUUUAAGUUUUUUCCACACUUGGAAUUAGGAAAUGACAACACGUCGUAGAUACUUUAAAUUGAAAGGCGUCUUUUACAUCUGGUUUAGGAUUUCGGCGAACAUGAUCAAACGGACUCGUGGUUUUAACUCGUGAGAAUUUUACCCGAUUUUGAAAACAAGCUGAUCUGAGACACAAAACGCGAUUAGUCAGCUUGUUUCGCUGUAUAUUUUAGUUCUUGGUUUUUCGGUCGAUUUUUAGUAUUUGCGUUUUACACUUUUUAUGGGAAUGGAUUUUUUUAUAAAUAAUUUAUACAGUCGAUACAGUUUUUAGUAAAGCGAUUUUUGCAACGGGACAAACAAAGGUACCUGUCAAAAUGAAAUCAAUCGCACCGGGCAUCAAACUCAUCACCUCCUUCUCUAGAGACAGCUGGUACAGAUUCUUCAUCCUCGUGCUCACGUUUGUGUUCUACACCAGCUACCACCUCUCUCGAAAACCCAUCAGUAUAGUCAAGGGUCAACUGCACAGAAAUUGCUCUAAUGUCAUUUAUCCGGCUGACCUCAACAUCACCAACAAUGACACCUGGUGUGACUGGGCACCUUUUGACCAGAACAAUUACCAGAACCUGUUUGGAGUGUUGGACAAUUGCUUCCUCGUUGCAUACGCAAUUGGCAUGUUUUUUAGUGGUAUUUUUGGAGAGCGAUUGUCGUUGCGUUACUAUCUGUGCUCAGGAAUGCUUCUCAGUGGUCUUUUUACUUCUCUGUUUGGUCUGGGGUUUUACUGGAAAAUCCAUUCUUUGUGGUAUUACUGCGUUGUUCAGGUCUUAAAUGGGCUGGUCCAGACUACGGGCUGGCCGGCUGUGGUAGCAUGUGUUGGAAACUGGUUUGGGAAGGGAAAGCGUGGAUUCAUUAUGGGAAUAUGGAAUUCUCACACCUCAGUGGGAAACAUUCUGGGCUCCCUCAUUGCUGGGGCUUAUGUUUCGUCUGCGUGGGGAUUGUCCUUCAUUGUGCCCGGUAUCAUCAUCGCCUCCACUGGAGUCCUGUGCUUUUUUUUCCUGGUUGAAAAACCUGAAGAUGUGAACUGUUCUCCACCACAACACCACGAGAGUGCUGAGAAAGAACCUCUCCUGAGGAACUCGUCCAGUGUUGAGGAGAUCUUCAGCAGUGAGUCCUCCACAGCUGUGGAGCCGGUGGAAGAGGAUACGCAAGCCAUCAGCUUCUGUGGGGCACUCAGGAUUCCUGGUGUUGUGGAGUUUUCCCUGUGUUUGCUUUUUGCCAAGUUGGUCAGCUACACCUUCCUCUACUGGCUUCCUUUAUAUAUUGCCAAUGUUGCUCAUUUCGAUCCCAAACACGCUGGGGACUUGUCAACUUUGUUCGAUGUCGGAGGAAUUGUGGGUGGCAUCGUGGCCGGACUGAUAUCUGACUACAGUGGAGGCAGAGCUACGACGUGCUGCGUCAUGUUGAUUGUUGCUGCUCCUAUGCUCUUCCUGUACAAUAAGAUCGGGGAGAACGGCUUGCCGACGACCAUCGGCAUGUUGCUGUGGUGUGGCGCUCUCGUGAACGGACCCUACGCUCUUAUCACCACUGCUGUAUCAGCUGACCUAGGCACCCACGAGUGUCUCAGAGGAAACUCGAGAGCUCUGUCCACUGUUACGGCCAUUAUUGACGGCACUGGAUCAAUAGGUGCCGCUAUAGGACCUCUGUUGGCUGGGCUGAUUUCUCCCACGGGUUGGAAUAAUGUUUUCUACAUGCUCAUUGCUGCUGACAUACUGGCUUGUCUGUUGUUGUCUAGGUUGGUCUAUAAGGAGGUCAGAGGAUGGUGCGGACACACUACAAGACAAAGAGGAUGAAAUAGCAUGCACUUUGCCAUUCCAGGUUCAAAGAGAUCUGAGCUAGCCGUGAAACGAGACAAUAUCACACCUGUGGUGGAAAAUAACCUGCAGCAAAACGACAAAAAGGGACCAAGGAUUGAACUCUCUAAGCCUUUUUAUGCCCCUAGGGUUAUUUUAUAUGAAAAUUGUAACUUGACACUUUCAUCUUAUACUGACAAAAGAACAAAGCUCGGCUGCCGUGUUGAAGAAGAGGAGACACACACGCCCUCAUCCACACGUUUUCCUGAACCGACAAAAAUAAAGAGAGAAUCGCUACGCUCCUUUAUUUUAAUAACCGGAUGUUUUAGUGCCUGAUGCCUAAUUUAAAUGUAUGCAUUAAAAUAUGGCCAUCAGUGUGAA